AAGAUGCUGGACAAAUGUUUCUUAGUCUUUAUUCACAAUUUACUAGCUGUUGCCUAAUCUUCUGAACUACUAGUACAUUUAUAUGUUCAAUCUUUUCUCCCAUUUUUUCUGAAACCCAUUUCAUUAUUAGUCCUUCUCAAUUUCCGCCUACCACCAAUUCUUUGGCUUCUUGAUUCUUCUACUCUUUUUGGGUAUUUUAGUCUAGUCUUGGUUUUUUUAACUCUGACUUGGAGUGUAAAGAAUUAUAAAAAUGGCGGCAGGAGCUGUUCCAGCUUCAUUUACAGGCCUGAAGAGCAGGGAAAAUGGUGUGGGGUUUGCUAAAAGUAUGGACUUUGUAAGAGUUUCUGACUUACAGAGGGUUAUGUUUCGGCGAACCAAGGUUUCUGUGAUAAGAAAUGCAAAUCCUGGUCCAGAAACCAUUGAACUUCAGCCUGCGUCCGAAGGGAGUCCACUACUAGUUCCUAGGCAAAAGUAUUGUGAAUCCAUACACAAAACUGUCAGAAGAAAGACCUGCACAGUGAUGGUUGGGAACGUUGCCCUUGGUAGCCAACAUCCAAUCAGAAUUCAANACUAA